CUUUUAUCAUUUGUCUCUUACAGAUACACGCUCCAACCGCAAGGCGGCUCCACUCUCCGUGGAGACAUAGUUUUCAUAACCACAACCAGCUAACUCAUAAACUCAAAAAACCAAUGUCCGCUGCUUCUUUGGAGUACACUAACGGCGGAGCUGCCGCCUUCGAAACGGCGCCGGUUUCGGGACGUCUAACCUCCGUUUACAGUCAGGUCCAGACCAGUCGUAUCGACCACGCUCUUCCUCUUCCUUCUGUUCUUAGAAACCCUUUCAAAAUCGUCGACGGUCCUCCUAGCUCCGCCGCCGGCAACCCUGAUGAGAUUGCUAAGCUGUUUCCGAAUCUAUUCGGGCAACCAUCGGCGAUGUUGGUGCCGAAUGGAGCUGACUCUCUCCGAUCUGAUAUGAAGCUUAAGAUCGGCGUCGUUUUGUCUGGAGGACAGGCACCUGGUGGUCACAAUGUGAUUUCUGGAAUAUUCGAUUACUUGCAAGAUCGGGCCAAAGGUAGCAUUUUGUAUGGAUUUAAGGGAGGUCCUGCUGGGAUCAUGAAAUGCAAAUACAUAGAAUUGACUUCAGAUUAUAUUUACCCUUACAGAAAUCAGGGUGGCUUCGAUAUGAUCUGUAGUGGGAGAGACAAGAUUGAAACUCCUGACCAGUUUAAGCAAGCGGAAGAAACAGCAGCGAAGCUUGACUUGGAUGGGCUCGUGGUUAUUGGCGGGGAUGACUCGAACACAAACGCUUGCCUCCUUGCUGAAAACUUCAGAGGUAAAAAUUUGAAAACUCGGGUGAUGGGGUGCCCAAAAACCAUCGAUGGUGAUUUGAAAUGCAAAGAGGUACCAACAAGUUUCGGGUUCGAUACUGCUUGCAAGAUUUAUGCAGAAAUGAUCGGAAACGUCAUGAUCGAUGCACGAUCAACUGGAAAAUAUUAUCAUUUUGUACGGCUCAUGGGGCGUGCAGCUUCACACAUUACUUUGGAGUGUGCUUUGCAAACUCACCCGAACGUUACCAUUAUCGGGGAAGAGGUUGCUGCCAAGAAGGAGACGCUUAAAAACGUUACAGACUACAUCGUCGAUGUCAUUUGCAAACGUGCUGAACUUGGUUACAACUAUGGUGUUAUUCUCAUACCCGAAGGUCUUAUUGAUUUCAUUCCCGAGGUCCAGCAGCUUAUUGCCGAACUAAAUGAAAUUCUGGCACAUGAUAUCGUUGAUGAGAACGGAAUAUGGAAAAAGAAACUUACCGAACAGUCUCUUAAGCUUUUUGAGUUCUUGCCUCCAGCAAUUCAAGAACAAUUGAUGCUUGAAAGAGAUCCUCAUGGAAAUGUUCAGGUCGCCAAAAUCGAAACAGAGAAAAUGCUCAUUCAAAUGGUUGAAACGGAAUUGGAGAAGAGGAAGCAAGAAGGUUCUUAUAAAGGGCAUUUUAAAGGACAGUCACACUUUUUCGGAUACGAAGGAAGAUGUGGUUUGCCAACCAACUUUGAUGCCUCAUACUGCUAUGCAUUGGGCUAUGCUGCUGGAGCUCUCCUCCACAGUGGAAAAACCGGGUUGAUAUCAUCGGUAGGAAAUUUGGCAGCUCCGGUUGAUGAAUGGACGGUUGGAGGGACUGCACUUACAUCUUUAAUGGAUGUUGAGAGGAGGCACGGUAAAUUCAAGCCUGUUAUCAAGAAGGCAAUGGUGGAGCUUGAUGGUGCACCAUUCAAGAAAUUUGCUUCCACGAGGGAGGAUUGGGCUCUGAAUAACCGCUAUAUUAGUCCCGGUCCUAUUCAAUUUGUUGGAGCAGCUUCCGAUGCUGUUAACCACACUCUUCUCCUGGAACUUGGUGCUCAAUCUUAGAAUGAUAUUGAUUAGAAGUUGCUGCUUCCACAAGAGCCGGGAGCCAAACUUACUGAAGCUUGUUUUGCUUGUGAAGCACGUUACUUUUUCUUCAUGAAUUGUCAUUUAUUUUUGGAGGAGAUAUGUGGACUUUGAAGCAAUUAUGUGGUGCAUUUCCAUUUGUUUUGACAAUGCAAUAUUUGAAAGGAACGUUUUUCAAAUAAGUCAAUUUUAUU